AUGGCGGAAGUCGAGGUCCACAGCGGUGACCCUCACGAAGAUGUCGUGGCGAGUUCCGAAGAGCUCGAGUCUCUCCCGGAAGCAAAUGAAGAACACGAGGCGACUGACGUGGAUAAGCUUCACACCGAAGAGACUCCUGUGAACAACACUGCUACUGAAGAACACGUCGAGGAGGCGAUGGACCAUGUGCCUGCGGCCCCGGUCGCGGACGAUGCUGCAGGUGCGCGACAUGAAGACAAUGCGACGCCUGAACCAGAGGCUCCCGUCCACGAGGGCGUUGCAGGUGUUACAGACACAGAGGCGGGGGCGGCUGCGGUUCACGCGAAGGAGCCUAUCUCCCCACUGAAAGCAAAGCCUACAGUCAAAUCGUCUGUGUCCGUCAAGCCCUUGAAGCACGUUGCUGGCCCGCCAAAUCUGUUGGUCAAGAAGAUUAUUAACUCGGGCACGUUUGGUUCGGGUGCGGUCAAGCAUGCUCCUGCUGCUGCCUCGAAAGCCACUGCCCCCUCUUCCGCUACCUCUAACAAGCCAACAGCGACCUCUACGCUUAGGAAAUCUGUAAGCGGCUCUGCACAUACCGUGAAAGCCCCGAUGCCCCCUCCGCCGUCCCGCCAGUCGUCUACGUCAUCCGCCUCCACCGCUGCGCGCAGGCAGUCGAUCGUCCCGAAGGCUCCCACACCAACAUCAGCAAAGUCGCCUUUGAGUUCUUCCACCACAGGAAGGCCGACAUCCGCGGCCCCCUCUGCCACACGGCCCUCUGCUACUACUCCGGACCCUUCUGCAGGUCCUCGCCCUCGGGCCUCGGUCACUGAAGGAGUCAAGCGUGUGCCCAUCAGUCGCGCUAGUCUAGGGCUCACUUCCAGCAACAGACCUCCGAGUACUUCCUCUGCGAGACCGACCAGGACACCAGGCACCAGCUCUGUCUCAUCUAUCAAGGAAAUCAAGGAUGACAGUAGUAUUGUUGGAGAAUUGCAGUACAAGCUUGUCAAUGUGACCGCUUCACUCGAGUCCAAGACGCAAGCCAUCGCCGCGUUGGAAGGCGAAGUCGCGACUUUGAAGUCCUCGUUGACUGAAGCACUUGCAGAGGUCCAGGAUAAGCGUUCGCGUGUCCAGUCAUUAGAAGAGGCCGAGGGUCGUGCAGAACAAGAGCUCGCAGAUGUGCAGGAGACCUUAAGUAAACUGCAAACUGAGCGAGUCGAGGAUAAUGCCACCUUGGAGGCGGUCCGUCUGGAGCUCGAAGCUACGAAGGCUACUGCUGAAAAUCAGACACAGCUCGUGACUAGUCUUCAGUCGCAGAUCGAAUCCUUGGAAGCUGAGAUCCACGCUGCCAAGGAGAACUUGGAUGUUCUCCGUGCUUCUUCUGACGAAGCGUCCGUAGCCGCGGCAGCUGCUGCAGAUGUCGAACAUUCUGCUCUCUUGAAAGCCCAUGAGGACCUUGCGGCUGUCCAGGGAGAGACCGAAAGUCUCAAGGCUGCACACAUCCAGGCUCUCGCCGAGGCGGAGGAAAAGAUUCAAGCGUCGAGUGAGCAGGCCUCUCGAGCAGAUGCUCUGGCAGCCGAGCUUGCAGAGCUGAAGAGCGAGAACGAGGAAAAGUCCACGAAGGUCUCCGAGCUCGAGAUUGAAAUCCUCGAGUUGAAAGAGGUUCAGGAGAGCUCCGAGGACGGGCAUAACAAGGUGCUCGAUCGUCUGAAGACUCUUGAGGAAGAGCUUACUACGGCGGCGGCGGCGAUGCAGGAGGCUGUCGAUGGUGCGAAGGCUAUGGAGGAGGAAUACAGCCAGAGGCUAGAAGACGCUGCGAAGCUCCUUGACGAGGAGCUCAGCAAGGCGAACGCAGAGCACUCGAAAUUGUCCGAAGAGUUGAAGGCGCUCGAGGAUAAGCACGCAGAAGCCGUCGCUGGCAUUGACCAGGCAAAGGCUGAUGCUCAGGUGGCUGCCGAGGAGCAUCUCCGCAAACUGGAGGAAGUCGAGAAGUUGCACCAAGACAAGCAGGCCGAGCUUUCUGAGGAGAUCAAGCGAAUUACCGCCGAUCUCGAGAGUCAAGAGGAGAAGUACAACGCCAGGGUGGACGCCGUGAAGGCCGAGCAUGAUCAGUUGCUGCAGGAGGCGUUCGAGCGCGCUAAGAACGACGCCGGCUCUGUGCACAGUCAUGACCUUCAAGGCCUUCGCGCUGAAUCUCAGGCGACCAUUGAGCAGCUCCGUGCUGCACACCAGUCGACCAUUGAGGGGCUUGAAGCUGACCACGAGGCCGCCAUCGAGACGCAAGUGAAGACGUUGGAGAACAAGAUGUCUAAUCAAGGUCUCGAGCUCAAGGCUACACAAGAUGAUCUCGCGAAGGCCAAAGCGGCUUACACUGUUGCGUCGCAGGAAUUGGAAUCUCUUCGUGUGCAGCUCGACGCUGCUCGCCAGAUUGCUGCUGCAGUUGACCAGACAGACAAGGACGAGCUCAUUGCGCGUCUCACGAAGGACAUCGCGAAUGCUCGUGAAGAACGUGCCGCUCUGAAUGAUGUGCUUGUUGCCACCACGGAGUCAUUCUCAGAGAUUUCAAAUAACCACGGGAAAGAGUUGGAGGAGGCAGCGAAGGGACGGGCGGAGGAGAUCACGAAGCUCCGCGCAGCACACCAGGAGGAAGUUGCCGUCCUCGUUGUGGAAAAGUCGGAGCUGCACACAAGGUUAUCCGAUCUGCAGGGUGAGCUUGCCACCAUCAAGGCCAAACUCUCCGCAGAGCCUCUGGCUUCCCCGAGGAGCAACGGUGCUGCGCAUGCUAGGGCGUCGAGUGUCACCCGUGAGGAGUUGCAGCGGGCUCACGAAGCGCAUAACCUCAAGCUUCACGAUCUCCAGGCCGAGCACGAUAGGUCGAUAAGGCUGAUGAGGGAAGAGCUCGAAAUCGCGUUAGCGAAGGCCGACGAACUCCAGCAGGAAGUCGCACGGAAGGCCAUGGAAAUUCAGUAUCUUGAACAGGACCAGGAAGAAAACCAGGAUCAGAUCACACGCCUGAAGGAGGACAUGGAUCAUCUCACGGACCAGCUGAAAGAACACGCGAAAUAG